AUGUCUCCCACGGCUGUCAAUUCCGUUCCCACAGGGACGAACAACUGGUGGAAGGAAGCAACCAUCUACCAGGUCUACCCCGCCUCGUUCAAGGAUUCCAACGGCGACGGAUGGGGGGAUAUUUGUGGUGUGAUCGAGAAAGUCCCGUAUCUACACUCGCUGGGCGUCGAUGUGGUCUGGGUCUCUCCCUGCUACGACUCCCCAAUGCACGAUAUGGGCUACGAUGUCGCCGACUAUGAGAAGCUUCUGCCGGCAUUCGGCACGGUUGAGGAUCUGGAGAAGCUGAUUGACGCCUGCCAUGAGCAUGGAAUGAAGCUCAUCAUGGACCUGGUGAUCAACCACACAUCCGACCAACAUCAAUGGUUUCUCGAAUCCCGCAGCAGCAGAGAAAACGAGAAACGGGACUGGUAUUUCUGGCGACCUCCCAGAUACGACAACCAAGGCAAUCGACUUCCCCCAACCAACUACCGCGGCUACUUUGCUGGCUCUACAUGGACCUGGGAUGAGCACACGCAGGAAUACUACCUCCACCUGUACUCCAAGGAGCAACCGGACCUCAACUGGGACAACCCAGCGACACGCAGAGCCAUCUACGACAGCGCCAUCCGCUUUUGGCUCGACCGCGGAGUCGAUGGCUUUCGGGUGGACACGGUUAAUAAGUACUCGAAACACACAGACUUCCAGGAUGCGCCCAUCACCGAUCCCAAGAGCUACAUCCAGCCUGCCAUCGCCAAGUGGUGCAACGGCCCACAUAUACACGAGUACAUCGGGGAAGUCUUUGACGUGAUGGCUCCCUAUGGCGAUAUAGUUACGAUCGGUGAGCUUGCCAACACUCCCGAUCCCAGCCGUGUCCUCAAGUACGUAGGGGCCUCAGAGAACCAGCUGAGCAUGGUGUUCCAUCUGGACAUUGGCCACAUCGGAAUGGGGAAUAGUUUAGAGGACAAGUACAUCUUCCAUCCCUGGCCGCUGACCGAGAUGAAGUCCAUAGUGGCCAAGUGGCAAUCCUUCAUUGAGGGAACCGACGGAUGGACGACCUUUUUCCUCGAAAACCACGACAAUGGUCGCUCCGUGUCGCGCUUCGCGUCCGAUGCUCCGGAGCAUCGAGAACGAUCGGCCAAGAUGCUGGCAUUGAUGAUGGCCGCGAUGACGGGCACGCUGUUCAUCUACCAAGGCCAGGAGAUUGGGAUGGUCAAUGCCCCGCGAGAAUGGCCCAUUGAGGAGUACAAAGACAUCGAGUGCCUCGGGUAUUAUCGUGAAGCUGAGAAGCAGGUGGCCUCCGGGGUCGAUCCCACGCGUCAGGCCCGGAUCAUGAACGGGCUGCGUGUCCUGGCUCGCGACCAUUCUCGGCUUCCCAUGCAGUGGGACGAUAGCGCGCACGGAGGGUUUACCUCCGGGCAGCCUUGGAUGCGUGCGCACGACGGGUACCGGGAGCUGAAUGUCAGGAAGCAAGAAGAUGAUCCCACCAGCGUACUCUCAUUCUACAAGCAGGUCUUGCAGUUGAGAAAGGAGCAUCGGGAAUUGUUCAUCCACGGGGCAUUCGACAUUGUGGACUAUGAGAAUCCCAAUGCAUUCACCUUUGUCAAGUCCCGAGGGACGAAAAAGGCCUUGGUAGUGUUGAACUUCACCGCGAUCCCCCAGGUCUUCACGCAGAAGGACGACGCAAAAACUAUGACUUUGCUAGUCAGUAACUACUUCCAGUCCGACGAGGGUAUCUUGCAACCGUUUGAGGGUCGGAUCUAUCUCGCCUGA